AUGGCUCUCGGCAGGCUGGUGUUGAGCGCUCUGGUGGUCUGCUCCGCCGCAGUCCUCGCAGAGGAGGGGACAUGCGCUGCCGAGGACGGCUGCGACGAGGUGGGCCUGGCGCAGCUGCGCCGCGCGGAGGCGAGGGUCGCUCUGGCGGUGAACGCAUCCAGCAAGUGCUCCAUCGGUUGCGAUCCCCACUCCAACCCGAUUGGCCGCUGCCCUGACUUGUCCGACUGCCCCGCCAGUGGUUGCUGCGACAAGCCGGGUCCGACGCCUGCGCCGACUCCGUCGCCAUCGCCACCUUCGGGCCCCUGCAAGGUGGGCUGCGAUCCCCACUCCAACCCGAUUGGCCGCUGUCCUGACUUGUCCGACUGCCCCGCCAGUGGAUGUUGCGACAAGGCAGCUCCGACGCCUGCGCCGACUCCGUCGCCGUCGCCACCUUCGGGCCCUGCAAGGUGGGCUGCGAUCCCCACUCCAACCCGAUUGGCCGCUGCCCUGAUUUGUCCGACUGCCCCGCCAGCGUGGUUGCUGCGACAAGCCGGGUCCGACGCCUGCGCCGACUCCCGGGAGCGGGUGUGCCUCGAACUAUUGUUGCUGGUGGCCUCAACCAGGACAGUGCGGCAGUUGUGGCACCGAUUGGAACAAUCGCGUGUACCUCCCGGGCUCGAACUGCCCGGGCUUCAACGAGCGGUCAGACGCGUAUUCGGGCUGCACCAGUCCCGGGACUUGGUGCCGCUAGCUUGA